AGAUGGCAGAAUCGGCGGGUUCAGUAGAGGCAGAGAAUAGAGAUAAUGGGUAGUAAAUCAGUGCAAGAGCUUGCGUUGAAUCCUGAAAAUCUGCCAAAUAAUUACAUCUAUGAGGAUGGUGGUGUUGGAUUUCGUGAUGCACUUCUUCCUUCAGAAUCAGAUAUUCAUAUUCCAGUUAUUGACAUUCACAACCUCACAUCUCCAUCUACAACACAACAACAAGAGCUUCAUAAACUCCACUCUGCACUCUCUUCUUGGGAAUUCUUCCAGGCAAUAAACCAUGGUAUGACAAGCUUGUUUCUUGACAAAGUGAGGGAAAUUUCGAAGCAAUUCUUUGAUCUUCCAAAGGAGGAAAAGCAAAAAUAUGCAAGGGAACCUAACGGCAUUGAAGGAUAUGGAAAUGAUGUCAUAUAUUCACAAAAUCAAAGGCUUGAUUGGACUGACAGAGUAUAUCUGAAGGUACAGCCUGAAGAUCAGAGGAAUUUCAAAGUUUGGCCCCAAAAACCCAAUGACUUCAGGAGUACUAUACUACAAUAUACAGAAAGUUUAAAGCAGCUAAGUGAAGUAAUUUUAAGGGCCAUGGCAAAAUCACUGAACUUGGAAGAGGACUGCUUCGUAAAAGAAUGUGGAGAGAGAGGUUCAAUGUUUUUGAGAUUCAAUUACUACCCUCCAUGUCCUAUGGCUGAUCAUGUUUUGGGCUUAAAGUCACAUGCUGAUGGAUCGACUAUAACUUUUGUGUUGCAAGAUAAAGAGGUAGAAGGCCUCCAAGUCCUCAAAGAUAAUCAGUGGUUUAAAAUUCCAAUAAUCCCUGAUGCUCUCGUGAUUAAUGUUGGUGAUCAAAUAGAGAUAAUGAGCAAUGGAAUUUUCCAAAGUCCAGUACACAGAGUAGUGAUAAAUCCAGAAAAGGAAAGGCUCUCAUUAGCUAUGUUCUGCGUCCCAGAUUCAGAAAAAGAGAUUAAACCAGUUGACAAACUAGUGAACGAGUCUAGGCCAAUAUUAUACAGACCAGUGAAAAAUUAUGUUGAGAUCUAUUUCCAGUAUUACCAGCAAGGGAAAAGGCCAAUUGAAGCUUCCAAAAUUUAAAUAUUGAUGAAGCAUGAUACUUAUCCAAAUCUUGUAAAAUCAAAGAGAAUAAAAAUAAACUAAAAUAAAAUGUGUGUAUCGAAAUAAAAUAAAUGUUUGAUUUGUAUGUGAUAGUUUAAAAGGUGAUUCAUAGUUGCAUUUGUAUGCUA